AUGGGUCUUUACAAGCUAUUUAGUUAUAAUGUUGAAGUUCAAUACAUGAGUUGUUUUCUAUCGAAAGCUACGCUUUUUACUCUAACUACUACAGUUUUGAAUUUUAUUUUACCUUUCAUAAUAGCUUACAGAGGCAGAGGAUUUUGGCUCCGAUCUCACACUUUUUAUGAACAGCCAGUAGUACAAUUUACGUACGAGUACUUACUGGUAGCGGAGACUGAUGAUCCCACUGUAUCUAUACAAUGUGGUGCAACUAAUGAAAGCUUCGGAGAAUUUAUGAGAAAUGAAGAGAACUGUGUAGAGUUCCAGGUUCAAGAAUAUGAUGUCACUGGAGAUAAACAUAAUGAUGUGUUAGAUUUUAAAUUCUACAUAAAUGUGCCACAGGACAGGACAGUCACAUCUCUAAUUUUAAUGUUAGGAUUAAAUUUUCAGCUAAAGUCAGUCUGUCUACUGCAAAUGCAGAGUUUGGCAUUAGUAAAUAAGGAAUUCACAACGCCACCUUCGGGAUUUAAAUAUUUUGCUGAUCUUGAGUUCUACCAAACAGCACAUUUACCCUGCAAACACAACCUCAUGCACACUAAAUAUAACAAUUCUGUAUUUAAUUAUGACAGAAAGAAACCUGGAAAUACAAUAGACUACAUACUGGAGAAAUACUAUAUGAGAGAAGUUACUACACACACAAAAGCACUGUAUUCAAGAAGUCAGAAUGGACAUACUGGUUUAGUACAAAUACAGGUUAGUGUAAGAGUGCCAGAAAUGGAAGUAAAAUACAUUCCAAGUUUGAUUCAAGAAAUAAAAUGGGCAUGGCCACAAUAUCUGUCUUUGGUUGUAGUCUUCUAUUGGAUAUUUAACAAAAUUAAAAAGUUUGUGUUCAAUAACCGGUUGGUUAUGGCCUGGGAGAUACUGCCCUGGAAGAAACAGCAAAUAGUAACAAAAAAGAAAUAUUACUAG